AUAAGUACAUAUGUUUACAACUGAUAACACCAAUUGAUAAAAAAUAUAAAUAUAAAGUAUUAAUUAUUAAUGUAUCAGUAUUUAUGACUAUCGUAUUUAAAGUAUUAUACUAUUAUAAAAUAAAAAAAAAUAUACAUAUAAUAUAACAUAACAAUGAGCGGUAGUUUUAAAUAAAGUUUAACGACCAGCUUAAAUGUUAAGUAUGAAAACUGCAAGUUUAAAUAUGGAACGAAAAAAAAUUAAAUAAUAGUUUAUUUAUAAAUAAUAUUAUUUAAUUUCAUUAGUAUAACGAAAAAUUUUAAAUAAAUUAUAAAAUGUCAUUACCGAGUUUAUUAAAAAAAGCAAGUAGUUAUAUUUUGGGUGACAGUAGUUCGAAUCCACCGGGUAUAAUUUAUCAAGAUGGUGAAGCAUUAUUUUGUAAAAAUAAUGUUUGUGUUCAUCCAACAAGUUUGAUGAGACAGCAUUGCGAAGUUAUUCAUCAUCCUGGUUAUAUGACUGUUGUAUGUAAAUUAGAUAAAAAUACAAACAUACCAAGUCUACAAUUAAGUUGGAUACCAAAUAGUACUCUUUGUAAACAUCCAACAACUUUAGAAAAUACAAUAAUAUCAAGAAAAGAAUUAUCUGUUUCAAAUGAAACUCAGUCAUUAGCAAAAAUAAAUGACGAAGACAAUUCAAUUUGUUCUGAUAAAAUAGAUGUUUGCAUUGAAGUCAAAGAACCAUUGGAUUGUAAAGACUGUGAACGAAUAUGUUCUGGGGGAUUUAAUAAUGAACCGUCGAAUGUAACAAAUAUAAAAAAUUGUAGUAAAGAAUCAUGUGAAAAAUUAAACUUAUCAACGAUUAUUAAAGAAAGUAUAUCGGCAUUGACUGAAGAGCCGCGUAGUAUUAAUUUAAAUAAUUUAAGAUCACGAUCAAUUGAUCAAGAGUCUAUUGAUAAUAUUACUAGUGGAAUUGAGCCAAAGAGUAUUAGUAGUAUUUCACUUAAUUCAUGUUGUAGUUUAUCUAAUUCACUUGAUAAUCAGGAUGUUCCUAAUUGGAUGCGAACACCAGAGCUUCUUGCUCUUCAACAUAACUUGACCUUUCCUGAAAGUACAACAGCAUCACCUAUUGCUAUGAGACGAGCACUUCAGUGUCGUAGAUUUUCAGUGGAUCUUAGCCAAAUGCGAUCUUUAAGACUUUUUUUUUCUGAUUCUGCGUGUACAAGUGGACAAUUAGUUGUAGCUAGUCGAGAAAGUCAAUAUAAAAUCCUUCAUUUUCAUCAUGGAGGUCUAGAUAGACUUGCUAAUAUUCUUAAUCAAUGGCAUCAGCUUAUAUUUUCAAAGCCCGAUCAAACGAGCGAUUGUGAAGGAACUUUACCGUAUCGACAUUUUAUGGUAUGCCGACCGGAAAUAGCUCGAGAUGAAUUACAUCCAGAAGAAGGCCAUGUACCAAUGAUAACUUCAUUAACUUGGAAGGAUUUAUUAAAUGAACGUGGACAAGUUGAAGAUGAUUUAACUUUACGUAAAGGAAUAUUUUUUGGUGGAUUAGAACCAGCUUUGAGAAAAAUAGUAUGGCCUUUUUUACUUCACUGUUAUUCUUAUCAAAGUACAUUUGAUGAUCGUGAACAAAUUGAUGAAAUACGCAGACAAGAGUAUCAAGAAAUUGAAAAAAUACGUUGCAGUAUGAAUCCAGAACAGUCUGAAUUAUUUUGGAGAAAUGUUGUUUGUAUUGUUGAAAAAGACGUUGUUCGUACUGAUCGUGCAAAUCCUUAUUAUGCUGGUGAAAACAAUCCAAACAUACAAAUAAUGAAAAAUAUUUUACUUAAUUAUGCCGUCUAUAAUGCUCAACUUGGAUACACUCAAGGAAUGUCUGAUUUAUUGGCGCCAUUGCUUGCUGAAUUAAAUUCUGAAAUAGAUGCUUUUUGGUGCUUUGCUGGACUGAUGCAACGAUCUGUUGCUGUUUGUACUCCUACUGAUACGGAUAUGGAUAAAAAUUUAUGUUAUCUCCGUGAAUUAAUCAGGAUAAUAGUACCUGAUUUUUAUGCACAUCUGGAAAAACAUACAGAUGCACUUGAACUUUUAUUUUGUCAUCGUUGGAUUCUAUUGUGCCUAAAGAGAGAAUUCCCGACAGAGAUGGCUCUAGUAAUGUGGGAAGCAUGCUGGGUUAAUUAUUUAACAGAUUACUUUCACUUAUUUCUAUGUCUUGCAAUAAUUUGCAUCUAUGCUGACGAUGUGAUAGCUCAAGAUUUACGAACUGACGAAAUGCUAUUACAUUUUAGUUCCCUUGCAAUGUAUAUGGACGGUAAUGUUAUAUUACGAAAAGCACGAGGAUUACUGUAUCAAUUUCGACAACUUGAUCGGUUGCCAUGCACUUUAGCUGGUCUUUGUCGUCAAUGUGGACCGGGUAUGUGGGACAGCAGUCAUGAUCCGGUUAUUGAAUGUGUCGAACAUGAAGAAUCUGUGUGUCCUUAUAUUGAAAACUAUCAAAAUGCUAAAUAUUAAAUUUAAUUAUUCAUCUAUAUUUUAUCAGCCAUUUAAACUUACACAUAUCCAUAUCCAUAUUAAUACAGAUAACACAAACGCACCAUAAAUUUAUUUGAUAAUAUUAUUGUUAAGGCUAAAUUUUGAAUAUAUAUACGAUAUUUAAAAAAAAUGAUAUUUAAAAAGAUUAAAUAAUAAAGGAUUUAUUAGUUGAUGAAAAAUUAAACGGAUGUUAAAUGAAAUUGAGUUAAAUAUAGAUAUAUAAAUAUUUAAUUCAUAAAUACAUUUAUCAAAACAGAUAAAUAAUUUCAUUUGUUCAUUUUUCUAAUUUAUUAUUAUUAUUUUUAUUUAUUAAAAUACGUUAUUUAGAUUAUU